CUGCUGGAGGCUUUGCUCCCAGGGCAGAAACUCUCAAUUCUCUCAGUUCCCAGUCAUUCCAGGAUGCUUGGGAAACUAUUCUAAGCUCUAAUUUUAACCCUGAGCACAAGCAGGAAUGUUCUUCACUGACAACCAGGCACAAACCGCUGCAAUUCCCUCCUGCCGCGCCCAAACUCCCCCGUCACCAUUUUAUCUCCCAGUUUUGAGGAAUGGGCGGCUUCUAUAAUCAUUUGACGAAAAGGCUGUGGUCAAGAUUCACUUUCCAGUUUCAAUUUCCACUUUCACUUUCAAGCAGCAAUUCCUCGAAAUCAUGUGAUUCGCGAAGCUAUAAAAAUAUCUGAGGAGCCAAGUUUUAUCCAGUGUUCCACUGCAAUCAAACUCGGUACAACCCAGAUCAACAUCAUGAGGUUCAUUUUGUCCGGCGAACACUAGCUGCACCCCUGAUAUUAACACAUUAGUUGGUGCUUGAAACAACACAGGCAGACAGACUGAUUAACUGAACAAAUACUGGUGGUUUAUUGGAACUAAGAACAGAGCACGAACACCAUGUGUGUUUCUUCAAUCACUUCCAGCUCUAGACUUACACUUACCCAAGUACCUGCAUUGUGUAGCGAUUGGUCAAUACAGUCACAUGGUCAAGUAACUACAUUCUCUUAAAGAAACCUUGGUUUCACUGCAACAGUUUUAGUUCCGAUUCACAUUCAUGAAAUCAUCUUAAAGCAAUUAAUGACGGAGUUGAUAAAUAGCUGUAAAAUGUAACACACCAAACACUCUUCGCGAUCAGCUUACCAUUACAAGUCGAGUUGAAGUUGAAACGAGAAUCCAACGCAUUUUCCACCUGAUCAGAAAUAUGAGCAUGUCUGUGUGCAGUAACGUACAGAAGGAUUUGUUGAAAGUGAAGCUCGAUUGGCUUCAAUGUCACUUCACGUGGGUUCCACAGAAAGAAAACAUUGACUUGGAUGAUAUGAAGCAAAGAUUAGAAGAUUCAAUACAGCUUGAUAUGCAAUAUCAAGCCAGGUCUUACAACCAACUUGCUUUUGUAAACUGUCUGCAAGGAAACUAUGAAGAGGCCAUUCAAAACUUAAAGGAAGCUGAAAGAUUUCUUAGGGAGAAUCAUGAAGAUGAAUUUGAAAAAAAAAACAUCAUCAGCUAUGGAAACUAUGCCUGGGUAUAUUAUUACAUGGGACAACUGACAGAGGCUCAGUACUACCUCGACAAGCUGGAGGAGAUCUGUAAACAAUUUCCUGAUGGCUCUCAGUAUACAGCAAUGAUUCCUGAAGUAUAUGGAGAGAAGGGUUGGGCACUGUUGAGUUGUACUAGUCAAUAUUAUGAAGAGGCAAUGGAAUGUUUUAAAAAGGCCCUGGAGGAAGAUCCGGAGAACACGGAAUGGAAUAUUGGCUAUGCGACUGUUCUGUUUCGCCUGGAAUGGUUUCCUGGUACUCCAGAGAGUCAAGGGCCCAGUGAAUCAAUAAAACAGUUGAGGCGUGUGCUGGAGCUUGAUCCAGAUCACACUGUAGCCAUGGUGCUGUUGGCUCUAAAACUACAACAGUUCAAUAAAAUGGAGGAAGCACUUCAAUUAGUCAAACAAGCAUUGCAUAAGUCCCCUGAUCUUCCGUAUGUGCUUCGUUAUGCAGCAAAAUUUUACAGAACGAAAGGAGAUGUGGAAAAAGCUGUGGAGAUGCUGAAGAAAGCAUUAGAAAUUACUCCACAUUCUACCUUCUUACACCAUCAAAUAGGUCAGUGCUACAGAACCAAACUGAAUCCACUGAUGAAAUAUCGAGGCAGUAAAGAUCCUCACAAUCCUGCUUUUCAACAGAAAGACAAAUUGAUCAACCAAUGCAAGUAUCAUUUUCAAAAGGCUUUUAAGAACCGACCACUAACAGCUAUAAAAGCCCAACUGGAUUUUGCAGGAAUAUGUUUAUUAAAUGAAGAAUAUCUCAAAGCAAAGGAGAUCUACAACCAGUUACUGAAAUUGGAAGGCAUUCGUCCAGAAAAUAAGCAGGCAAUAUGUUUACAGGCGGGCUUAUUUGAACUAAAUUACAAACAUUCUGAAUCAAAUGCCAUCACCCAUUUUCUGGAAGGAAUGAAAGUCAAUUAUGACUCAAUACAUCAGAAAAGGUGUCGAGAAAACUUGGAGAUGAUAGCAGCAAGAUGGCUUCGCAGGAACCCAAGAGAAAGCAAGGCCUUUGGUGUUUUUGGGUUCCUGCACCAGCUGGAUGGUGAGAGAUGUGAAGCUAUUAAAUGCUUUGAAAAGGCCUUGGAGUUUGAUCCUGACAAUAAAGAAUAUCUAAAUGCUCUUUGUGAAUUAAGCCUUUCCAUCGAAGACAACAAUGACUUUCCCAACUAAAACUAAACACAUUUUGAAAACUGCAUUAACGACACUGAUCUAUAAACAGGUUCAGUGGGACACAUUUUCAUUUAUAUUCUAUUGGCAACUUUAUUCAAAUGAGCAUUUCACUCAUGUUUGCUUAAUUUUCAAACCAUAAUCUUAUUGUAAUUAUUCUAAAUCCUUGUGCUUCAUUCAGGAUUAUUAACCAUAUGGGUGAACUCACCAAAUAGCAUUUAUUUCUGUAUCAUAAGAGCUUUUGCUGAGCGGGAAAGAAACAAAAUGAGAUAGGAUUUGGGGAUUUAGAGAUAAUUGAGCUAAGUGGACAGAGCCACAAUAAUUCUUUAUGAAUUAUAUGAACUUGUGUAAGACAAUAAUAAACUUAACAUGGGCCUGAUUUUAACUCCAGAUGCAUUUUGGGUAAGUGGUGAGGGGAUCUGGAAACUCACUGGUUUCUGUACAUACCGGGUCCAGGUCCAGGACAGAGCUGGCAGUGCAGUCGGGGCCCAAUGAUGUCACCAGACCCCAGUCUGCACACGUUAACGAGGACCCCGCCCACUUUGGGUGAGCAGUUUAGCCCAGUUUCCAGCAAGUGGGUAGAUUUAAAAUCAGCACCAUCAAGUUCUAAUGUAACCUAGAUAACUGGGUAGAAAUAUGUACACUGGUGUCCAAAUAUAGAUGAAAAAUGUGUUUUGUUUGGAUCAUCACCUGGUUAAUGAUUUUAGUCGGAAAACAUUAUAGCUGGAGUUACAAUAAGCUUCAGUGCACUUUGACCAUAUGACUUAUACUCUUUUUAUGGUGAUAACAAUAUCCAAUGCAGCCUGUAGACGGUAUAAUAAAACCAGUCUGCUACCCUAUCUUUCACUUGCUGCCUCUUCGCAGAAAAGUUCCCAUUGGGUUAAAGGCUUUCCAUAUGUGACAGCUGGGAAAGGACCAACAAUCACUGCAGACCCUUAAAAUAAAUCAACAGCUUGAUUCUGUUGCUUGGAGGAUUUGUUGAGAAAUGAACGGAUUCCCACCCAGAGCUUUCAUUCAGAUCUCGGCCUCUGUCACUAGGAGUCUCCCUGUCCGGUAACUUGUCAGCUUCACCAACUCUUCAUCAAACCAUCCGAGUCCCUCAUUGGCCAAUACAGAGCAGCUUGGACAACACCCAGAAAAGACCAUUUUCUACAGUCUGUCACCAUCUCAGUGAAGGAAAAAGCAGUGAACAAGGGAAGGAUAAAGGAUAUAAAAAAUGAUUAAAUUCAGUGAAAAAGAAUAAAAUGCAAUAGCUACAGGUACCAAUUCUCUAAACAGAGGUUUCAGUUGUAAUUGUAUAAUCAGAGAUUGAAUAGAAAAUAACCAAUAAAAUGAAGCCAUGGCUAAGA